CUUUUCCUCUCCCGGCGGAAGUUAUGACGCAGUUACCGGAAGUCCUGGAGAGGUGGGGCGGGGCCUGUGCGGCGGCGCCGUGGGAUGGAUAUGGCGACCGAGGGGGACGUGGAGCUGGAGUUGGAGACUGAGACCAGCGGUCCGGAGCGGCCUCCCGAGAAGCCACGGAAGCAUGACAGUGGUGCGGCGGACCUGGAGCGAGUCACCGACUAUGCGGAGGAGAAGGAGAUCCAGAGUUCCAAUUUGGAGACGGCCAUGUCUGUGAUUGGAGACAGACGGUCCCGAGAGCAGAAAGCCAAGCAGGAGCGGGAAAAGGAACUGGCAAAAGUCACCAUCAAGAAAGAAGAUCUGGAGCUGAUAAUGACAGAGAUGGAGAUCUCACGAGCAGCAGCAGAACGGAGCUUGAGGGAACACAUGGGCAACGUGGUAGAGGCUCUUAUUGCCUUAACCAAUUGAUUUGUGCUUUCGCAGACCUACCCACUGGAUUAACUUAUUUCAAUAAAGAUUUGUCCUUUU